AAAGUUUACUCGUGUUCUGCGUCUCUAGUAUCAGUCUUUCUCCUAGCAGGCCGUGAUAUUCGACGCACGCAUUAUACUUCCCAUUACUUUUAACAGAAAACACACACAUACAGGGAGAGAAAGAGGGAGAGAGAGAGAGAGAGAGAAGGGAGGGAAAGAGAGAGAGAUUGAUAGAGAUUUAGGAAGAGGGUGAAGUGAAAAGUGAGAAGAGCCUCACUGCCGAUCUGUCCCGAAGAUUACAGCGGCAAACAUCAUUAUUGGAAUAAUGAAGAGGGAAGCUGAUGCGGGCGCCAUGACAGGUUCAGGAGGGCCAACCAGUCCUCACAAACGUUAUCGACAGGGUGACGAUGAACUUCGUCUUCUCAUUCCCAGCAAGGUUGCUGGAUCUAUAAUAGGCAAGGGAGGACAUAACAUCACAAAGCUCCGAAGUCAGUACAAAGCCUCAAUCAUUGUACCCGAUUGCCCCGGACCCGAACGAGUUUUGACUAUCAGUUCCGAUCUGACAACAGUUCUUCAAGUCCUCAACGAGGUCGUACCUAAUCUUGAAGAGAAUGGUUCCCGACAUGGAAGUGACGAAAUUGAUGUACGUAUGCUGGUACAUCAGAGUCAAGCUGGUUGUGUCAUCGGUAAGGGAGGUUUAAAAAUCAAAGAACUACGCGAGAAAACUGGAGCCAGAAUCAAGAUCUACUCCAACUGCUGCCCACGCAGUACGGAUCGCUUGAUCAGCAUCUGCGGGAAGCCAACGACGUGCAUAGAAUGCAUCCGCGAAUUAAUCGCUACCAUUAAAACAUCGCCGUUGAAAGGUGUGAAUAGUCCAUACGACCCUCACAACUUUGAUGAUUAUUAUGCAGACGAAUAUGGUGGUUAUGGAAGUGGAGAUGGCGGCCAAGGAAGAGGCAGUGGUUUUGGAGGUGGUCCAGGAGGUCGUGGAGGCGGAGGUGGUGGUGGUGGAGGAGGUGGCGGCGGAGGAGGUGGCGGCGGAGGUGGAGGUGGCGGAGGCGGAGGUGGUGGAAUGCCACCAAGACGAGACAAUCGUGGUGGUGGCGGAGGUCCCGGUGAUAUGAAUCGUGGUUUUCCACCAUCGUCAAGAGGUGGACCUCGUGGAGGAGCUGGUGGAGGAGCGGGAGGUGGUGGAAUGACGGGUGGCCCGAUGGAUCGUGGAUAUACUGGUAACUCGAGAGCUGCUGGAGGUGGUGCUGGUAACGGUGGUGGAUACGACGGAGGAAGGAAUGCCGGCUAUGCUGGAAAUAGGGCUGGCCCGCCACCUUAUGCUACUGGAAAUUAUAACGGAGAUGGUUGGGGUAUGCAAGGUAGUGGUGCACCAAACGGUUUAGGCGGUGCUGGUAACUCAGGAAUGAGUGGUCCAUCAAUGGGUGGAAACAAUCAGGGAAAUCAAAACAAUAUGAGUGGAACCAAGACUAGUACUCAAGUCACCAUCCCUAAGGACCUCGCAGGCGCAAUAAUUGGUAAGGGUGGAGCAAGAAUCAGGAAAAUCAGAUCGGACAGUGGCGCUUCGAUCACUAUAGACGAGCCAUUACCUGGUAGUAAUGACCGGAUUAUCACAAUAAUCGGCUUACCCAGUCAGAUACAGAUGGCUCAGUACCUUCUACAACAGAGCGUACACGAAAAUGCUGAUCAUUAUUAACAAGGAAGAAAAAAAGAAGAAAAAAAAUAAAGAAGAUUAAAAAAAAAGGAAAAA